CUGGUCACACCUGGCCCCAGCUGCUAGCACCACUCAACACCACAUCUUUCAGUCCAGCCGUUCCGCCAUGCAGCACAUGCCGAUGGACACAGUAAUAAGGGUCGACGACGGCAAGGGCAACGGCGAAUCCUUCAAGUUCCUUGUCAAGGAGAAGCGACAGGACUGCUUCCUCCGCAUGGGCGGCGGUGCCUGCAUCGCCGCCAAGCUCCAGUCCCACCCGGAGCACGGUAUCUGCGGGGAAAUCGCCGACGUGCGCCGUCGCAAGGAGGUGUUCGGCGAGAACAAGUACCAGAAGCCGGCCGAGACCAGCAACAGCUUCUUCAACCACUUGUGCGACGCGCUCAGGGACGUCGUCCUCGUCGCGCUCCUCGUCUGCGCCGCCGUCGACCUCGGCUUCGGCAUCAAGGAGCACCGCCUCAAGUACGUGUUGUACGGCGUGGGCAUCUUCCUCGCCGUGCUCCUCGUCUCCGCCGUGACUGCGGUCAUCGGCCACACCCAAGCCAAGUGGGACGACAAGCUCGCGGCCGAGUCCGCCAACAUCGACGUCACCGUCGUCCGCGCCGCCCGGAGGCAGGAGGUUUCCAUACUCGACAUCGUCGUCGGUGACGUGGUGAUACUGAAGGCCGGCGACGCCGUGCCCGCGGACGGGGUGUUCCUGACGGGGCACGGCCUUCGGGUAGACGAGUCGAGCAUUACCUGCGAGCCCCAGCCGAUCGAGAUCGACGACAAGAAGUACCCCUUCCUCGCCUCUGGCGUGAAGGUAAUUGCUGGCUACGGCCGGAUGGUUGUCACCGCCGUUGGCACCGACACCUCGUGGGGCGAGCUGAUGAAAAUCGAGGCCGAUGACCCGAAGCCGCUCCAGGAGCGCCUCGAGGGGCUCUCCUUGACCAUCGGCAAAAUCAGCGUCGCCGUCGCGGCGGUCACCUUCACGGUGCGCCACUUCACCAGCAGCACGGCGAAGCUGCCGUUGUUGGACAACAGCAUCCCGCUCCCGCUCCCUCUCGCGGUGACGCUGAUGCUCACCUUCUACAUGAUGCGGAUGGUGAAGGAUAACGCGCUGGUGCACCGUCUAUCGGCGUUGGAGACGAUGGCGUCGGUCACAGUCAUCUGCACCGACAAGACCGGAACGCUCACGUUGAACCAGAUGAAGGUGACCGAGCUCUGGGUCGGUACUGACCGGGUUAAAGACACCACGGCAAUCGCCUCCGGCGUCGUUAGCUUGCUCUGCCAGGGAGCCGGGCUCAACACCACCGGAAGCGUAUACAGGCCCGACUGCCUGUUGCCGCCGGAGAUAUCGGGCAGCCCGAUGGAGAAGGCGCUACUGUCAUGGGCCGUGGCGUACCUCGGCAUGGACGCCGAGGAACUGAAGAGGAGCUGCGAGGUCCUGCAUGUCGAGGCAUUCCACUCCGUCAAGAAGCGCAGCCGCGCCAUUACCAUGGACAACACCACGGGUAAGGUGGUUGCGCACUGGAAAGGUGCCGCAGAGGUGGUCCUGGCGAAUUGCUCGAUGUACAUGGACAUGGACGGAGCGGCGCACGAACUUGGCGUCAAGCAGAUGAAGAAGCUUGAGAAGGUCAUCAACGAUAUGGCGGUGGUCGGCCUCGGGUGUAUCGCCUUCGCCUACAAGCAGGUCAACGGCACCGAGCAAACGAAUAUCGACGACGAGGAGGGUCUGACGUUGCUGGGCUUGGUCGGGUUGAAAGACCCGUGCCGACCAGAGGUUAAGGCCGCCGUUGAAGCAUGCACCAAGGCGGGUGUCAUCGUCCAGAUGCUCACCGGCGACAACAUCCUCACGGCCCGCGCGAUCGCCAAGGAAUGCGGCGUCAUAUCCAGCAGCGACCUCAACGGCGUCGUCAUGGAGGGACAGGAGUUCCGGGCCAUGUCGGCGGCGCAGCAGCUGGAGGUGGUGGACAAGAUCCGUAUCAUGGCGAGGUUCCGUCCCUUGGACAAGCUGGUGCUGGUGAGGCGGCUGAAGCAGAAGGGACACGUGGUGGCCGUGACCGGCGACAGUACCAACGACUCGCUGGCGCUCAAGGAGGCCGACGUGAUGCUGUCCAUGGGCGUCCAAGGCACCGAUGUCACCAAGGACACCAUCAUCCUCAACGACGUGUUCGGCACAGUGGUGAUGGCCAUCCGUUGGGGGCGCUGCGCCUACAACAACUUCCUGAGGUUCGUCCAGUUCCACCUCACCGUCAACGGCGUGGCCAUCGUCGUCAACUUCGUGUCCGCAAUCACCACGGGCGAUGCUCCGCUGACCACCGUGCAGCUCAUCAUGUGGGUGAACCUGGUGAUGGGCACCUUGAGCGCGCUGGCGGUGGCCACGGACAAGCCCGCGGACGCGCUCAUGGACCGCCCGCCCAUCUCACGCACGGCGCCGCUCAUCAGCAGAGCCAUGUGGCGCAACCUCGCCGCGCAGGCGGCGUUCCAGAUAGCCGUGCUGCUGGCGCUCCAGUACUGUGGCCGUGAUGUCUUCGGCACCGACGGCAAGGCCAACGGCAAGGCCAACGGCACCAUGAUUUUCAACGUGUUCGUUCUGUGCCAAGUGUUGAACGAGUUCAACGCGAGGGAGGUAGAAAACAAGAACGUCUUCGCCGGGGUGCUCAAGAGCACGACGUUCCUCGUCGUCAUCGGCGUGGCGCUCGUGCUACAGGUGCUGAUGGUCGAGGUCCUCGCCAGGUUCGCCGGCACCGAGAGUAUGGGCUUGGUGCAGUGGAGUGUCUGCGUUGCCAUCGCCGCCUUGUCAUGGCCCAUCGGCUGGGCCGUCAAGUUCAUCCCCGCCGUGCCGGUUGACAGCUUGACACGCCUACCUUAG